AAGUACAAAUUUUAAUCGAAAUUUUUUUAUCUUUUAGGUACAAGAGUAAUUUCACUUAUCCGGGGACACACUGUAUGUUUGCCCAAAACAAACUAAGUCAAAAAAAAAACUAUGUUGAAAUCCAAUAAAACCGAAACAUUGAUGUCAUUAAAACAUCAUAAAUAAAAGCCCGGUGUUUUUUAAGUCAAUCAAACAGAAUACAAUGUGGGUCUAUCAUCCCUGAAUACUAAUUUCGUUUCUGUAAAUGAGUAUAAAAGCAAGUUGGGACUUUGCAUUAAUCAAUAGUAACUUGUAAAAUGCGUCGUUACCAAAUUCUGUUAAUUGUAAUUUUUUUCAAUGUUUUACUCGAUUCAACACUUGCAGAAAAUUACGUUUUAAAAGCUGCCAAAAAUGUGCCCAGAAUAGGUCGCAGCAAUACAAACAAGAAUACAAACAUUGAUGAAAUGGGAAAAUUUUUCAUGAAAGCAUCCAAAUCUGUUCCUAGAAUUGGUCGGAGAAAUGAGAAUUUUAAUUACGGACAGCCUAUCGCUAAAAGAGAUGAAAUACCAAUUUGGUCUGAUAUAGCAGAUCGGUUUGAGUAUGAACCGGAGAUUUUAACUUCACCCGAAAUUUUGGAACAAUUGGAAAUAGGAGAUGAUCCAUCGGUUUAUGACUAUGAAAAAAUUCGAACCAAACGAGAGGAUUUUAAAAAGCAUCCAAAAUUCUAUCAUUUGAUGUAGUUUCUAAUUUAUUCCAUGAUAACCUGCUUACUGUUUUUAAUGGUGAAAAGAAAUAAAGAUUAAAUUUUUUAAUUUUAUUCAUGUAGUGGAUUGUUAACAAAAAUGAAGCUUGUAUUUAUCUAUAUGUAGUUGGUGUGUAGGUAAAUGCUAAUAAUGAUUAUUAGGUGACAUUAUUAUUGUUAAUCUUAAUAAAGCUUGAAAAUA